UCGGCGGAAGUUUUCACUGAAUCGUACACUCGUCGUUCGCUCGGCAGCGAAGACGGUUCGUAGAAAGGAGCUGGUCUCCAACACGCGACGAUUUUUGUACGUGUAGAGCUUGCAUAUGGAAUUGUAAAUUCGUGUGUUUUAUAUAUCAUUGAAUAAAAUGGCAGCGCAAGAUGAAGUUGGUAUUGGCGACCUGGUUCUACUGGACGAGAUCACUGUAGAGAAGGUUGUGGAUAACUUACGAGUCAGAUUUAAUGGUGGUAAAAUUUAUACAUAUAUUGGAGAAGUAUGUGUCAGUAUAAAUCCAUAUAGAAGCAUAAACAUAUACAAUAAUGAUUAUAUCAAUAAGUAUAAAGAUAGAGAGUUAUUUGAGAAUCCACCACAUAUUUUUGCAAUUGCUGAUGCAGUACACAAAGAGAUGAAACAGCAACGACGUGAUACUUGCAUAGUAAUAAGUGGAGAAUCAGGGUCUGGUAAGACUGAAGCAAGUAAAAUUAUUAUGAAGUACAUUGCUGCAGUCACAAAUUUAAGUGGUCAACAAGAAAUAGAAAGAGUAAAAAAUAUUCUUAUUCAAUCUAAUUCAAUAUUGGAAGCCUUUGGGAAUGCAAAAACAAAUAGAAAUGAUAACUCUUCUCGAUUUGGGAAAUACAUGGAUAUAGACUUCAAUUUCAAAGGAGAUCCAAUUGGUGGCCAUGUUACCAAUUACUUGUUGGAAAAAUCAAGAGUUGUGUAUCAGCAGAAUGGUGAACGUAAUUUUCACUGUUUCUACCAGCUCUUGAAUGGCUGUAGUGAAGCAGAACUAAAUAAGCUAAGAUUAGUAAGGGACCCAGCUGCAUAUUUCUAUGUUGGCGCUGGAAAUUGUAAUAAAGCGAGUCCUACUGAUAAAAGUGAAUACAAAACAGUUACUUCUGCUAUGUCCACUCUUGGAUUUACACAAAACGAAAUGCAAACAGUGUGGAAUGUUAUUGCCGGAAUAUUACACUUGGGCAACAUCACGUUUAAACUUGACGAGGACAAGCUCUUAAUUCAGAACAAAACUGCUUUAAAUGAUACAGCAAACUUGCUUUCUAUUAGCCCUCAGGAAUUGAGUACAGCUCUUACUCAAAGAGUAAUAGCAGCAGGUGGAGAAGUUAUGCAAAAAACUCAUACUUCAACAGAAGCGGAAUAUGGAAGAGAUGCAUUAGCAAAAGCAAUAUAUGAAAGAUUAUUUAAUGAAAUUGUAUCGCGUGUUAACGCUGCAAUUAACGUAAACGACAUGGAAACAUAUAAAAGAUACAGAACAGUAAUUGGAGUAUUAGAUAUAUAUGGAUUUGAAAUUUUUGAUGUUAAUAGCUUCGAACAAUUCUGUAUUAAUUACUGUAAUGAAAAGUUGCAGCAGUUAUUCAUUGAACUGGUACUGAAACAAGAACAGGAAGAAUAUAAGAACGAAGGAAUAGCAUGGAAAAAUAUCGAUUAUUUUAAUAACCAAAUAAUUUGUGAUUUAGUAGAGCAAUCGCAUAAAGGAAUUAUCGCAAUUAUGGAUGAAGCUUGCCUGAAUGUUGGCAAAGUUACAGAUGAAAUGCUUUUAGAGGCUAUGGAUCAAAAGUUGAUCGAUCAUAAGCAUUAUUCCUCCAGACAAUUGAAACCAACGGAUAAAGUACUUCAACAUAAAGUUCAGUUUAAGAUCAAACACUAUGCAGGAGAUGUGAUAUAUAAUGUCAUCGGGUUUUUAGACAAAAAUAAAGAUACAUUGUUCCAAGACUUUAAACGCUUACUUUAUAAGAGCAGUAAUCCAAUAAUUAGUAAAAUGUGGCCUGAAGGUGCUCAAAAUAUUCUAAAGACAACAAAAAGACCUUUAACAGCUGGAACACUUUUCCGUAAUUCCAUGAUAGCUCUGGUUAAGAAUUUAACAAGCAAAGAACCGUUCUACGUGAGAUGUAUAAAGCCAAAUGAAGUUAAAUCACCGGUCGUGUUCGACGAAGAGAGAGUAAAUCAUCAGGUGCGAUACUUGGGCCUUGUCGAGAAUGUAUUGGUCAGGCGAGCUGGUUUCGCGUAUCGGCAACGAUACGACCGAUUUUUGAAACGGUAUAAAAUGAUAUCACAGUAUACAUGGCCAAAUUUUAGAGGUGGCACCGACAGGGAUGGUGUGAACACUUUAUUGAACGAGAAAGGUUUUAGUAAUGAUGUGAAAUACGGUCACACGAAAAUCUUCAUUCGCUCUCCGCAAACACUUUUUGCCUUAGAAAAGGCACGUAGCGAUUUGAUACCGGGUAUUGUAAUAUUACUGCAAAAGCAAUGGAGAGGAUACGUAUGUCGGCAGAAGUAUAAAAAAAUGAAGGCUGCGCUCUUCAUAAUGAAAUAUUAUCGAAUAUACAAGAUACGCACUUACAUUAAACAAUUGGUAAGGCUGUUUUGCAAUGCGAAAACGAUGCCCGAUUACGGAAAACGUUUAACUUGGCCUCGCGAAAAUUUUGCUGUGAGACACGUAAUAUCUGCCUUAAAAAUUAUGUAUGGUAGAUGGUGGGCAUGGAUGAUUCUCAGAAAGAUCCCUAGGGAGGACUGGCCACAAUUACGGUUAAAGAUGGCUGCAGGCGCAGUUCUGCACUCAAAACGACAACAUUGGGGACAAGAUAGGCGGUGGGAAGGAAAUUAUCUUUCCAAAUCGGAUGAGAAUCCUCAUAAUAAUAUCUUCAAUUCUUCGAUAAAUAAUCUACGCAACACUGACCGGUUUAAAACUGUCUUAUUUAGUGCAUUUAUUAAAAAAACCAACAGAUUUAACAAACCAAAGGAUCGUGUGUUAGUGGUAACUGAACAUACGAUAUACAAACUUGAUAGUUCUAAAUUCAAAAGUUUAAGGAAAGGUAUGCCAAUAGCUGAGAUUACAGGUGUAAGUGUAUCACCUGGAAGGGAUCAGCUUAUAACGAUUCAUUCCAAUCGAGGAAAUGAUUUCAUAAUGUCAAUUAUUGCGAAGGAUGACAGAAUCGGAGAACUUGUUGGCAUUUUAAGCAACAGAUAUAGUCAAUUACGUUCGGCGGAUCUACAAGUUACGGUUGAUGCAAAAUUUAAGUGUAUGUUAGGAAACAAAAGCAAAGUAUUAAGGGUAAAAGUGCUACCGGAUGUCCUUGAACCGACGUUCAAAAAGGAUGGAGACAAUAUUAUAUUUGCCAUUCCACCAUCGAUUGGGAUAAUUGAUGGGGGUGCUAACACAAGGUUGCAGCUUAGGGCAGCUAGCUAG